AGUUUUACGUUGAUAUCAGUGAUAUUUCGUGUUCUAUCAAGAGGUUGGUCAAUACUAAAUGUUAAGGUUCGUUUCCAUUUGGCUGCAUGGAUGACGAGUUUUUUUGUUAGCAUGUGGACACUUUGACAAAGUUAGAGAUUUUGAAUAAACGCGCACGCCUAGCAAAAAAAAUUAGUUGAACGGAAACAUGCCUUAAAUCUAAUGAUUCUUUCAUGUUUCAUCUCAAUUAUUGUUUUGAGAAAAUAAAUUUCCGCGAAUUCUAUUAACUUAAGCAAUUCAAACGAUUCGCGAUUUUUUUGAAAACGAAAAGUAUUUAUAAAUCUACAUUGAAUCUGUUGAGCAGCAUGUACGAAGUGUUUUGUAAAAAGUGAUUUCGUAGUUCUAUCUCUGUCACUAACCAGCUGUUUUUAUUCAAUAGUCACAUAAAAAAAAUAUUUCAACAUGAAAAGAUACAGAAAAGAAGAGAAAGAAUCAGAUAUCGAAGACGAACUUGAGGAUUAUGUUCCUUAUGUGCCUGUGAAAGAACGCAAAAAACAGAUGCUAAUCAAACAUAAAAAGUUGGUAACGAAAGAAGAAAACAGCGAAAAAGAAGAAAAUAUUGAAGGGGAAAAACCGACGGAAGCCGAUCGACAAACUAUGAGUUUGCUUGAUCAACAUCACGAGUUAAAAGAACGCGCUGAUGAAGUAAAAGAAACUGAACUUGAAAAACAACUGAAGGAAGAGGAGAAAAUUCUUGAAAGUAUUGCAGAAAAGAAGGCUCUCAUGGCGCAUACUGAGUUAGCAAAAGGUAUUACGUAUAAAGAUCCUAUUAAAACAUCAUGGCUUCCUCCCAGGUAUGUAUUAAAAUACCCGGAAGAGAAGCAUAUAAAAACGCGGAAAAAAUACUGUAUUUUAGCAGAGGGUGAGAACGUGCCUCCACCUCUGAAAACAUUUAAAGAUAUGAAAUUUCCUCGAUGUAUUAUACAAUGUUUAAAAAAAAAAGGAAUUACCACACCCUCGCCUAUUCAAAUGCAGGGUAUCCCCGCUGUGCUAUCAGGACGUGACAUCAUUGGUAUAGCUUUCACUGGAUCUGGUAAAACACUUGUUUUUACCUUACCUUUGGUCAUGUUUUGUGUCGAGCAAGAGAAAGGAUUACCUUUCAGGCGUGGAGAGGGACCUUAUGGGUUGUUAGUCUCUCCUUCUCGGGAGCUGGCAAAGCAAACAUUCGAUGUUAUUUCGGAAUUGUCCGAAUCGUUGGUAUUGGACGGCAUGCCACCUCUAAAAACGUUGCUUUGCAUCGGUGGUACUUCAGUAAAAGAUCAAGCGGAAAGCAUUAAGCAUGGAGUACAUAUCGUUGUAGCGACACCAGGAAGAUUAAUGGACUUGUUAAACAAGAAAAUCAUGAAUUUAGACGUUUGCAGAUAUUUAUGUCUCGAUGAGGCUGAUCGAAUGAUUGACAUGGGUUUUGAAGACGAUGUUCGAACGAUAUUUUCUUAUUUUAAAGGACAGCGCCAAACACUUCUGUUUAGCGCCACUAUGCCGAAGAAAAUACAGAACUUUGCUCGCAGUGCUCUUGUUCAACCAGUUACAGUGAACGUUGGUCGAGCUGGUGCAGCGAGUCUAGAUAUUAUACAGGAAGUUGAAUACGUGAAGAAUGAGGAGAAGGUUGUGUUCCUGUUGGAGUGCCUACAAAAGACGCCACCACCUGUUUUAAUUUUCGCCGAGAAGAAAGCUGACGUUGACGACAUUCACGAGUAUUUACUUCUAAAAGGCGUCGAAGCAGUCGCGAUACAUGGCGAUAAAGAUCAAGAAGAGCGUCAUCGUGCUGUACAACAAUUCCGUCAGAGUCAGAAAGACGUACUGGUAGCGACGGAUGUCGCUUCAAAAGGACUUGAUUUUGCAGGCGUAAAACACGUUAUAAAUUACGACAUGCCAGAAGAUAUUGAAAAUUACGUACAUCGUAUCGGUAGAACCGGUCGGUCGGGUAAAACUGGUGUCGCUACGACGUUUAUAAAUAAAAACUGCGAUGAGUCAGUAUUGUUAGACUUAAAGCAUCUUUUAAUGGAAGCGAAACAGAAAGUGCCGCCUGUUCUUGCCGCCAUUCAAUCAGAAACGCCAUAUCUGACGAUGGGAGAUCAACAGGGCUGCUCAUACUGUGGUGGAUUGGGACAUAGAAUCACAGAAUGUCCGAAACUAGAAGCUAUGCAAACAAAACAAGCUGUGAACAUCGGAAAGAAUGAUUAUUUAGCAAGUAAUUCUGCCGACUGGUGAAUUAUGUUUGUAUUUCUUACUAAAAUAAGCGAUGAAAAAAUAAUUUAUAUCAA